AUGGUGCUGCUGCGGCCGCUCACUGCGGCCGACCUGCACCGCCUGGAGGCCAUUAACAGCGACAGUUUUACGGAGACUUUUUCGUCUUCAUUUUAUUUCAAGUAUUUGUCUUCUUGGCCCGAACUUUGUUUUGCUGCAGAGGCCCCCGAUGGGGCCCUUCUCGGCUACAUCAUAGGGAAAGUGGAGGGCGAGGGCCCCGAGUGGCACGGGCACCUGACGGCGCUGUCGGUGGCCCCCGAGGCCCGCGGCUGUGGGGUGGCUUCUUUGCUGCUGCAGCAGCUGGAAGCAGUUUGCUGCUGCGUCUACAAGUGCUGCUUCCUGGACCUUUUCGUGCGCGUCUCCAACUUUGCUGCUGUUUGCUGCUACCAGAAAAGAGGCUACCGAGUGCAUGCAACCAACAAGGGCUACUACUGCGGCUCCGAAGACGCGCUGGACAUGCGCCUCUUCUUCCCCGCCAACCAGCUGCAGCAGCAGCAGCAGCAGCAGCAGCAGCAGCAGCAGCAGCAGCAGCAGCAGCAGCAGCAGGAGCGGGGCAGGCGCAGGAAGGGCAAACGCUGA